AUUUAUUUAACGUUUAGUGAUGGAGUCUCGCAUUUUAGUGCUUUUCAGGAAUUUGCCCUUUCUGGUUUCUCAGCAAUAUUACAAGGUGGAUAAGAAAAAAAUAGGGUGGUGAGGGAAUGAUUAUAGCUGCUAUAAGGUAAGUGAUAACAGGAACUAACUUGUCUUGUGGACGUUUCACAGCAUUAAAUGUAACCGUAAACGUAUAAAAAUCAUGUGUGGUUCACUAGAAAAUUAAUAAUUGUAAUAACUUUCAAAUCUCUGCAUUAUAAGAAGAAUAAAAAUGUGCUGUUGUGGGAAAAUAUUCCAAUAUUAUUCCAAUAAUAUUAGCGUGCCCUAUCGUGUUUUAUUCCUUAUUCCCUACCACAUUACAUUACAUUACAUUAGUGCUUAGCCUUAAAACAUAAUUUCAGUCGGGGCCACAAUUUGGAAAAUGCUACGAAUUUAGGUAUCCUAUUCUUGUUCAUUUUUGACAAAAUAACAAACAAAAACUCGGUACAUACAUAAUAUUUAAUAACCUACUGACAUCACGUUUAAAGUCUGCUAUCCUUCCCUUUAAUUCAACAUCUGAUUUCUUUGCAAUCAACAGUCAAGAGUUUGGUUACCAAGUCACACCCUGUACAUCUUCACAGGCAGAGACAGUAACGCAGCUGGGUCUCAGACUGACACGUCAAGCAGCCAAUGACUUAACGCCGUCACCGUAACACCAGGAAGUUUCCUCUUAAACUGUCCAAUGGCAAAGUAAGAGGAAGGCGGGACUUGAGAUUGUACUUUCGGAGUUGUGUGGGGCUAGCUGGCUAAUUAGUUGAAGAAGUAGGAAUAAAAUAAUAAUAAUAAUAACAACAAAGGUGGCUCGUUUGUGAGUUAAAUGUCAUACCGUAGCGCAGAUGUACCGACAGCCACGAGAAAGUGCGGAAUGUGGGAGAGUGAGAGUACAGCGCUGAAAAUGGGCCUGUUUAUGAUGAACGCCGUCGUUGGAGCCGUGAGCUCGGGAACAACCGAGGGAGGAGGAGGGGGACUCACGGAGAACAAGCUGCUGUGCAUCGGCGUAAACAACCAGACCUAUAUCUGUGAGUCGGGACAUUGCUGUGGAGAGUCUCAGUGCUGCAGCUACUACCAUGAGCUGUGGUGGUUCUGGCUGGUCUGGACUGUCAUCAUCAUCCUGAGCUGCUGCUGUGUGUGCCACCAUCGUCGCACCAAGCAUCGCCUGCAACAGCAGCAGCGACAGCAUGAGAUCAACCUCAUUGCCUACAGAGAGGUUCACAACUACACCUCACUGCCCUUCUACUUCAGGUUUCUGCCCAGCUACCUCUUACCUGCAUAUGAGGAGGUGGAGAACAGACCCCCAACUCCUCCUCCUCCAUACAGUGCCUCUCAACCAGGUCAAAACACAGAUUCGGUCAGCCCUGAGCAAAAUGAUGAGCUGUGUCCAUCGCUACAGACAGGUCCUACAGCCUCUGCAUCGGAGAGCAACUCCACUGUGCACUGCAUUGACGAGACCAAUCGGCCUCCUGCUCAUCGGCCAGCAGGUGACGCGCACAAACCCUACCUGAACUUUGAGGAGGAUAGCCAGCAGCAGCAGGUAGCAUCGGCCACUUUACCCGAGAUAAUUAAGAACGGCAAAGAGUCCUCAAACUCUCGGGAUCAGGUGCUUGAUUUUUGUCCCGAGAGCAAGGAAAAGACAUUGGGGCGCCAUAGACGCUUUACCGGAGACUCAGGAAUCGAGGUGUGCGUAUGCAGCCGUGGGCCAGAUGAAGGAGAGGAUGAGGAAGGGGAUGAGAUGAAGGAACUUGAGGGACUUCUGGACAGCGAGGAGUUGCAGAAGCAGGACUUCUGUGAUAGUUGUAACCCACAUAAUGAUGGCCUUCAAGGGCCAUGUGAUGAGGAGCAGGGCUUUGCUUGCCCAGAGAGGAGCCCUGAGCACAGGGAGCCUCCCCUCCAGCGCCUCCCUAUCAGCCUUCAGUUACACACCAUCAACGAACAGGAAGCUCCUCAGCAUGACAACAGUGCAGAUCCCCAAAGCUAAGCACCACCACAUACUAAAGUGACUCUCUGUGAUUUGCGAUCUCCCUUUACUUUCUCUAUGUACUGUUGCUUUUUACUGUCUGUGUGUACGUGUGUGUUGGAAGUGUGAAUGUUAUGCAGUGUUGUUCGAAUCGUCUCAGAAUCCAGCCGAAACUUUUUCAAACUCAGGCUGUGGUCAAGGACACUGCAGAAAAGAAACGUAUUCAUUUGUUGGCUUAUAACCUUUGCUUACCACUCUGAACACGGUGUAGGUAAUGUUAUUUCCCACUUAAUAGACCCAACGGGGGUCAUUGCUCGUGGUCAACAAACAAGGGGUUUCAAAGGCUUAUGCCAAUAUUUAAAUAAUAAGUGAUUUAGGUGCUGCUGUUGAAAGCUGACGUUGUUUGUUUGUUUAGGGAAAUUUAGUAUAAAUGUUAAACUGGAAUUAAUUUAUUUAAACCCCAAAUACACGGAUUUUUUGGUGUUCAGUUUGUUAUUCCCCCUUUAGGUUUUCAUAAAGUUAGACAAAGCCAAUACCACAGUUUUCACAAAUGACUAGGGAAACUGGCUGCUAGGUGUAUACACAAGAUGUUUGUUUGUUCAUUUGGUUGGUUGGUUGGUUGUUGUUGUUUUUUAAAAUCUUCCCCAAUAUAUCAGUCUAACACUGUCAUUGGUACAAUGCUUUAUUAAUUGUUCACUCUGUUUUUUUCACUGGAACUAAGAGGACCGAACCUGUUUCUUCAUGACAAUGCCCUUGUACACAAUGCAAGGUCCAUAGUUUGCCAAGAACGGUGUGGAACAACUCAAGUGACCUACACAGAGCCCUGACCUCAACCCCACUGAACACCUGACUGUGCAUCAGGCUUUCUCACUUGACAUUAGUGCCUGGUCUCACAGAUGCUCUUGUGGCUGAAUGUAUUGGCACCCAAGAUCUAGUGGAAUGCCUUCCUAGAAGAGUGGAGGUUUUCAUAACAGGAAAAGCGGGGGGCCAACUAUGCGUUAAUGCAUAUGGGUGGUCAGAUGUCUGCAUUCUUUUGGCCAUGUAGUGUAUAUUCAACUAAUAUCUGAUCUAAAUAGUGAACAGUCUUAACUGGAUUUACAAAUAACAAAUCUGAUAUUUGAAUAUGAAUAUUUAGCCAUGCUACUCUGCUCAAAGGCACAAGAUUAUGCACUGCAUGAAUGCAAGAAAAAAGGAAAUGUGAGGACUGUCUCUGCAGAUUACACAAUACUUAUGCAGUCUUCCAGACUGCAGAAAUACUGUGUAACCUCCAUCAGUUCCUGUCAGAUAAAGUAUAUUUUUUUUCUCCCCUCUUAAUAGACACUGUCAGAGGUUAGACAUACUGUAACAGUGCCCUGGUGGCCUGGUAAAGCUUCCUGCUUUCAGGAUUGAUUUAGUUGGUAUAUGUGCUCUUAAUGUGGCUGGCCUUAUGUUUCUUUUUUUUGGGCGCAUAUGUGGACUCAGCUUUAUCACUUUUUCUUUUUUUUUUUUUUUUAAUAAUACAUUAUCAAGAAUCUGAAUUUAUCACAUUGUAUUCAGUAAGUGAGCAAUAGAGACUGGCAAUAAUUAAGCAGAGCAGUUCAAAUAAAAAUUGCCUAUGUUGUGUAAUAUUUUCUGCUAACAUGGUUUGCAUACUUUGCUGCCUUUGAUGUUUUCUCAUUUGCUUAAUUGAAUAUUUCAGUGGGAUUCUUCUAUAAAUCAGAAUUUAAGGCCAGUGUGGGAUAACAGAGCUUCAUAUACAAGAUUUAGAGUCGUGAAUUAGUGUGUAUUAGACGUUGAUUGCUGUAACCUUCUUAUCAAAACUGUUUUCUCUGCUGAAUUGUUAACUUGAUUAAGGAGUAAAUCUAGUUUCUUUUCCUCUGUACCCCAGUUUCUAGCCCUGAAAUGAUACUGAUUCAUUAAUAUAUUGCAAACCUUUUUUCACUUUGACAGUGUAAAGGUGCUAUAAACAGCAGUUUGUGCUGAUCGCAGAAGAGGUUAUACAGUGUCUUUCUUUAUAUGGAACAUGUUCAAGUAGUGUAACUUUUGGCUUUGAAUCCCCCAACCUCACUGACCAUUCUGUAUUCAUAUCCUUUUACUUUAGUACAGUUUUUCCUUGUGUUUUUUUUUUUGUUUGUUUAUUUCUUUUUUUUUCUUCAUAAAGGUGGUAAUGGGGAUUUCGGGUUUUGUUCUACUGUGGCAAUAUAGACUGCUGAGAGCUGCUCCACUGCAUUCCUACACUCUGUCGUGAGACAGAGAGGUUGAGAAGCGAUUUACAGUGGCCGGUUCAUUGAGGUAGUGUGUUUAUUUGACCUUUGGUAUGAAUAAUCAGUAAGGCUUCCAGCGAUACAGGUUAUUUAGAUAGUGCUCAGUUCAAAGGGCACACAUUGGCCUCAGAGAUAGUGCCAGGCAAGGGUGUCUGAAUAAGUGGAGGACAAAUAUCUUAAACAAACAUUAUACAUCAGAUACUGUAUCUUCCUUCUCAACAGUGUUUGCUGGAGCCAAUAGUUCUGCAAACAAAUGAAAGCAAAAGACUUGUGCAAACAUUUAAAGAUGUAAUUCCUUUGUACAGCAAGUCUUUUGUGGUUGGAAGACUUCAUGUGCCAUUCUAAAUGGACUUGUUUCUUCUUUUUUUGUUUUAUUGUUGGUGCUUAAGCUGUAUAGUAUGUUGCUAAAAGGGUUAUUUACUUAUGUGUCCUCUUCAUUUUCCCAUUUCAUAUCUUGAGACCAAAAAUGUUUAAAAAGAGGAAAUCAAAAUUAGUCGAUCAUUGCAAUAUGAUUCUUUUCCCCCUGCCUCAAUAAGGUGCCACUGAUUGCACUGUUUUAGAUCAAUGCAGUGAGUUUGUUUGUUCGAAGGUUACGAAGGCUUUAGAAGCCUGUUGCUCUUUAUGUUUAGCUCUGACAUGAGACUUGGUACUAUAUUUUAGUUUUGUAUGUAUAGUUGCCUUUUUAUAAAACUGCAUUUUCUGCUCUGGGUAACAUUUUGUAUAAAGCCUCAGCCAAAGGAAUGAGUAUCAAAUAAUGUACAUUACGAAUAAAACACCUUUAAACGCCAUAUAAUUGUUUUGUGAU